GGGCAUGAUGGGAGUUGAAGUCUACCAGCCUCUCCGGAGCCGAUGCAUCCCCCCUCCUCCUCCCCAACGUCUUUAUUCCCCUGCCUGGCGGAGGGAAAAAGCGACCUUCUGCCUCUCCCUGGAACGCUGCAUCGGCGGCCCCCGCUUGGAGCUGACGGAAAUCGGUAGGAGGUUUUCCCGAUGGAUGAGCAAAACCCAGCUGGCCUUGAAGGAGAAAGAGACCCUGAGCCUGUGAGCAGUGGGGAAUUCUGGAAAAGAACUGUGGAGAACAUCCUGGGAGAGGGGGAGGACCUCAACUUGGAUGUCCAACGCUGGCAUUUCAGGCAGUUCUGCUACCAGGAAGCUGAGGAGCCUCAAGAGGUUUGCAGCCAGCUCCACUAUCUUUGUCGUCAGUGGCUGAAGCCGGAGAGACACACCAAGGCUCAGAUCCUGGACCUGGUGGUUCUAGAGCAGUUCCUGGCUGUCCUCCCUCCGGAGAUAGAGAACUGGGUGAGGGAAUGUGGAGCAGAGACUAGCUCCCAGGCGGUAGCCCUGGUCAAAGGUUUCCUCCUGAGCCGGGCAGAGGACAGGAAGCAGGAAGAGCACCAGGAGAAAAGCCUGCUUGCAGAAGUGAGCGCCAGAUUUUCUGACUCGGAGGAAGCUCUUUCAGGGAUGAGGCAGAGCUCCCCAGAGCGUGACAGAGGGGCCACCUUGCUUGGAGAUGAAAUGAUGCCAGCAGCAUGUACCGGGUCAUCUCUCCCUGGUGGUGGAAAGGAAGGAGCUGUGGUGGAAAAGGAUCGGGAUUUGGUGACCUUUGAGGAGGUGGCUGUGCAUUUCUCUGAGGAAGAGUGGGCCCUGCUGGAUCCGAAUCAAAGGUCCCUGCACAGGGAAGUCAUGGAGGAGAACUGGGAGAUCCUGGCCUCUCUGGCAGGUGAUGAAUGGGACAGCGAGGAAAAGGGAGACUCUCCCAGGAUGUCCCUGGAAAGAGACACAUGUAAGAAGUGGGAAGAGCAGAGAAGGAAAACCGAAGCAAAUCAGAAGAUGAGGGGAAAUGCCUCUGCCUCUCAGGACACUGACUACCACGAAAUCGCAGCUCAGGAAGAAAUGGAUGAGAGACAGGAAAAGAACAACCUUUCCACGCAGAGGGAAACAGAGGAGAAACCAUAUCAGUGCUUGGAGUCUGGAAAGAGCUUCCAUUUCAGUUCCAACCUGACUUGCCAUUUCAGAACCCAUACAGAGGAGAAGCCAUAUGUAAGCCUGGAGUAUGGAAAGGGCUUCAGUGUUACAACAGGCCUCACGGCCUAUCAAAGUAUUGACGCAGAAGAGAAACCAUAUAAAUGCCUGGACUGUGGAGAGAGUUUCUGUUUGAUCCACUCGGCGGAGGAACCAUAUCCGUGCUUGGAGUAUGGAAAGAGCUUCACGGAGAAUUCAAAUCUCACUUCCCACCAAAGAACCCAUGUGGAGGACAGAUCGCAUAAAUGCCUGGAGCGUGGACAGACUUUCGGUUCAAAUGCAGAACUGUCUUCCCACCGAACAACCCACAAAGGGGAGAAACCAUAUAAAUGCUUGGAAUGUGGAAGGAGCUUCAGCGGCAGAACAGCCCUUGUCUCCCAUCAGACGACUCACACAGGGGAGAAACCAUUUAAGUGCACGGAGUGUGGAAAGAGCUUCAGUCAGAAGGUGAACCUCACUUCUCAUCAGAGAACCCACACAGGGGACAGGCCGUACAAAUGCUUGGAGUGUGGAAAGAGCUUCCAUUUCAGUUCCAACCUUACUUGCCACCAGAGAGUUCACACAGGGGAGAAGCCGUAUGGAUGCCUGGAAUGUGGAAAGCGCUUCAGCGGGAGAACAGGCCUCAUUGCUCAUCGAAGUAUUCACACAGGAGUGAGACCAUAUAAAUGCCUGGAGUGUGGAAAGAGCUUUAGUCAGAAGGUGAAUCUCAAUACUCAUCAGAGAACCCACACAGGGGACAGACCAUAUAAAUGCUUUGAGUGUGGAAAGAGCUUCCAUUCGAGUCCGGAACUUUCUUCCCAUCAAACAACUCACACAGGAGAGAAACCCUACCAGUGCUUGCAAUGUGGAAAGUGCUUCAGCGUAAGAACAGGCCUCAUCGCCCAUCAAACAACUCACACAGGAGAGAAACCGUAUCAGUGCUUCGAGUGUGGAAAGAGCUUCAGCCAAAAGGUAAAUCUUGCUUCUCACCAGAGAACCCACACGGGGGACAGGCCAUAUCAAUGCUUGGAGUGUGGGAAGAGCUUCCAUUUCAGUUCUAACCUUACUUGUCAUCAGAGAGUUCACACAGGGGAGAAGCCAUAUGGAUGCUUGGAGUGUGGAAAGAGUUUCAGUGGGAAAACAGGUCUCAUUGCUCAUCAAAGAAUUCACACAGGAGAGAAACCAUACCAGUGCUUGGACUGUGGAAAGAGUUUCAGUCAGAAGGUGAACCUGACUUCUCAUCAAAGAAUUCACACAGGAGAGAAGCCAUAUAAAUGUUUGGAGUGUGGAAAGAGUUUCCGUUCAAGUCCGGAACUUUCUUCCCAUCAAACAACUCACACAGGGGAGAAACCAUAUAAUUGUUUGGAGUGUGGAAAGAGUUUCAGUCGAAGCCCAAACCUUGCUUCUCAUCAAAGAAUUCACACAGGGGAGAAACCCUAUCAAUGCCUGGAGUGCGGAAAGAGCUUCAGUCGGAGCACAUACCUCUCUUCUCAUCAAAAAAAUCAUGUGGGGGAGAAACCCUAUAAAUGUUCAGACUGUGGCAUGACAUUUUCUGUUAAAUCAAGCCUUGCUUCUCAUCAACGAAUUCACACAGGGGAGAAACCCUACCAGUGCUUGGAGUGUGGAAAGAGCUUCAUUCAGCGUGGAAUCCUGACUACCCAUCAAAGAACUCAUACAGGGGAGAAACCGUAUAAAUGCCUGGUAUGUGGAAGGAGCUUCAUUCAACGUGGAAUCCUGACUAAACAUCAGAUGACUCACUCUCGUGACGAAAUAUUAAUGCACGGCAUGUGGAAAGGGUUUCACUUCCGCUUCCUGUCUCGCUUUCCCUGGGAGAUGCUGGUCAUGGCGGCGGCUGUCCUUCCUCGCGGAGGCGCUGGAGGAGAUGUUGAAGGGAUGCUGGCAGAAGGGGAACAAUCAGAAGAGUCACCACAAGGAUCCAAAGAGGAGGAGGAGCAAAGGAAGCGGAGGGUUCAAGAUGGAGGCAGCAGGCAAGAGGGGAGACGAAAGCAAAAGCCGGAGUGUAAAUCUGAUACGUCUCAGGGUGGUGAAAAUCAAUUUCGCAGAGAGGAGAAAAAGCAUGAAUGCACUGUGUGUGGAAAGAGAUUGGGUAGUCACUCAACUCUGACCACACAUCAAAGAGUGCACACAGGGGAGAAACCGUAUACAUGUUCAGAGUGUGGAAAGAGCUUCAGUGACAGGAGCGCCUUUACUAGACACCGAAGAACUCAUACAGGGGAGAAACCGUACAAAUGUUUGGAGUGUGGAAAGAGCUUCAGUAAGAGUAGCACCCUCACGUCUCAUCAACAAAUUCAUACAGGGGAGAAACCUUAUACAUGUUCAGAGUGUGGAAGGAGCUUCAGUCAGAAUGGUAGCCUUACUAGACACCAAAUAUCCCAUACAGGGGAGAAACCGUAUAAAUGUUCCAAGUGUGGAAAGAGCUUCAGUUACAGUAGCAACCUUACUAGCCACCGAAGAACUCAUACAGGGGAGAAACCGUAUAAAUGUUUGGAGUGUGGAAAGAGCUUCAGACGGAGUGGUACCCUUACUAGACACCGAAGAACUCAUACAGGGGAGAAACCGUAUACAUGUUCAGAGUGUGGAAAGAGCUUCAGUGACAGUAUUAGCCUUACUAACCACCGAAGAACUCAUACAGGGGAGAAACCAUAUAAAUGUUUGGAGUGUGGAAAGAGCUUCCGUGAUAGUGGUGGCCUUACCUCGCAUCAAACAACUCAUACAGGAGAAAAACGUUAUAAAUGUUUUGAAUGUCAAAAGAGCUUCAGUGCCAGUAGUUCCCUUAUCUUGCACCUACGAACUCAUACAGGAGAGAAACCGUAUAAAUGUACAGAGUGUGGAAAGAGCUUCAGUCACAGUGGUACCCUUACUAACCACCGAAGAACUCAUACAGGGGAGAAACCGUAUACAUGUUCAGAGUGUGGAAGGACCUUCAGUAAGAAUAGUGGCCUUACAUCGCAUAAAAGAUCUCAUACAGGGGAGAAACCGUAUACAUGUUUAGACUGUGGAAGGAGCUUCAGUCAGAGUGGUAGCCUUAAGUCGCAUCAAAGAUCUCAUACAGGGGAGAAACCGUAUACAUGUUCAGACUGUGGAAGGAGCUUCAGUGACAGUGGUACCCUUACUAACCAUAAAAAAACUCAUCGAGGCACCAAACCUUAUAAAUGCUGGGAAUGUGGCAAGAGCUUCAGUCACAUCAACUCCGUUUCCCGGCAUCAAAUAAUUCAUAUAGGGGAGAAAAGACAUACAUGUUUAGAGUGUGGAAAGAGCUUCAGCCACAGUUGGCAGCUUACCUCGCAUCAAAGAGUGCACACAGGAGAGAAACCUUAUAAAUGCUUGGAGUGUGGAAAGAGCUUCAGCUCCCUUACUUUACAUCAAAGAACUCAUACAGGAGAAAAACCGUAUACAUGUUCAGAGUGUGGUAGGAGCUUCAGUUUCAGUAGUAGCCUUACUAGACACCGAAGAAAUCAUACAGGAGAGAAACCGUAUACAUGUUCAGAGUGUGGCAAGAACUUCAGUUGCAGCAGCUCCCAUACGUUGCAUCAAAGGACUCAUACAGGAGAAAAACCGUAUACAUGUUUGGAGUGUGGAAAAAGCUUCCGUGACAGUAGCAACCUUACUAGACACCAAAGAGCUCAUACAGGAAGGAAAUCCUAGAAAGAACUAUGGAAAGAACUUAUGUGACAAGGGCACCCUUACUAAACUGAAAAGAACUCUUACAAGGAAAACAGAAAGGUUGGAUCAUUUCAAAUAACCCUACAGAGAGUAAGCCAAUGAUCGUGUUCAGCAUUAGAAUUUGCUUCCAUUAGAAUUUUCAUUGCUUUUAGUGGCUGUGUUACAGAUUGUUCUCCCGAUCAGAGUUAGAUUUACAUAGCUAUAAGAUUGAGGGCACAAGAAGAGGUGGACGACAGGGUGAGAUGGUUGGACAGUGUUCUCGAAGCUACUAACAUGAGUUUGACCAAACUGAGGGAGGCCAGUGGAAGACAGGUGUGCCUGGAGUGCUCUGGUCCAUGGGGUCACGAAGAGUCGGACACGACUAAACAACAAAAUUUUAUUUUCUUUCUCAUGCAUUAUUUCCCAUGUAUUCUUCACUUGCAUAUACUGUUGCUUGAAUAUUUCUCCCUUCCCAAAGAUUUGUUAAUCUGGUGUGAAUUGAUCUGAUAUCUUUCAUAGAAACAAAUGCAUUCGCUGGUAUUCUGUCGAUGUAUGUAAAGUAGAUCUUUGCAAUGAGAGUACAGCCCCUCAGAUCACAGCUCUAAUGAACAAAUGUUGUUGAAAAACAUAUGCUGUAUAAUAAACCUCAAUACGCAGUCAAGAGAGAAAUGAGAAUAGUAUAGAAGAUGCAUUGAUUUUUCCAGCCUGUGUCUAGAGUGUUAAUAGGUUGAAAGGUUUCAGGAUGUGUGUUUCUUCACCUUCAUCUGCCUAUGCGGGCUUUCAAUUUUAUGUCUCUGAAAUAUCAAAGCAAUGGCUGGUGCUGGAUAUUUGUUUAUCUGAUAAUCUAGUAAAGGAAGAAGAUCCAACCUCAUCCAGAACACAACACUUAAAAACCAAAUUACAGUGGUACCUCGUGUUGCGGACGGGAUCCAUUCCGGAGGCCCAUCCGUAACAUGAAACUUUCGGAACCGGAAACUCCACGUCUGCGCACGCAUGGGCAUGGUUUUGCGCUUCAGCACAUGCACGAACGGCGAUCUGCCGCUUUUGUGCUUGCGUAAGUGGAGAGACCUGGAAAGAACCCAUUCCAGUACUUUUGGAUUGAGUGAUCCGCAAGCCGAAGGUUUCGUAACCCAAAGGCAAAUUAACCUGAGGCACCACUGUAUGUUUUAAAUAUACUUUUUAGAUACAUCAGAUUUGCACAGAAGGACAGUCAGAAAUUUAAAAAUUCAUGUGUGUUAGCGAGACAGUUCCCCUGUUGCAUAGUUUUGUGAAAGGCAAUAUUUCAGACCUGAACUCUUCUGAUCAAAUACCUGAUAGCACAGGUAAUAGUCCAGCAAACCUAGCACAUCUUCUCCAGUGGAUGCCUGUUGCUCUUGCCCCUUUCAUUGCUUCCUUGUUAGAAGCUGUCCUCUGGUCCCCCCCAUAUGUCUGUCGCUCACUAAAAUGCUUGCACUUCCCAUGUCAGGGCACAAGCCCUUCCUGGGGAUACCUGGCCAAAGAGCUGCUGAACCCCAGACCCCAAAAGGAAAUCCAACCUCAUUCAUCAGGCAAUGCUAAAGAUUGAAUUCCUUUUUAAUGCAAUUUUAAAGAUAUAUUUGCACAGAAAUGUAAAAAAAUGCCUAUGUUAGGAAAACAAUUGCCCUUAAUACUCCAGUUCACGCUUUCCCAAGCUUGGGUCUCUAGCUGUUUUUGUACUACAAUUCCCAUCAUCCCUUAUGACUGCUAGCCUGGGGGUGGUGGGAGUUGUUGCCAGGAAGAACCGGAGACCCAAGUGUGGGAAUCCUGCUCCAGUGAAAGGUGAGGAUACGGUCAUGAACUUUGCUGAUUA